CAGAUUAAACUUGCAGGGUUCAUAUAAAAGUCAAUGGCAGAAGUCCCGUCCCUUUCCUUGAAGUACUUUCUUUUGUCUCUUUAGAGAUUUUACUGGGUUUUGUCUGAAAAUCAUGACAUUUUCAAACUGUUGCGCCGACAAUUCGAAACAGUCGAGUUUUUUACGACUUUUCUCGGAGCAACUUUUCCUCGCAACUUUUUUAGUAAAUAUCAGACAUUUGGGAAAAUAAAUUUAGUUGAAUUUAUUUUAGUAAAUAUACCCCUUAGUGUGCCAAGAGCUCUUGGAUUCAUUCUCAGCCGCGUAAAAUUUAAAAAACGAGGGCAACAAAAAAAACACAGGCAACAAAAAGAUGCGGGUGACAAAAAAAGAUGCGAGUGACAAAAAAGUUGAGCGGCAAACGCAAAUGUUUCUGUCGUUUCGUGAAUUUUGUGGUAAAACAGGACAGAUUGGCUCAUUACUAGUCAGUAUGCUUAUAAAUCUCUAUAUAUACAUCAGUUAUGCACUGUAUAUAUGUUUAGAUCUGUGCUUCUGUAUAACAGGGCUAGAAGUCUUCACUCUAGUUCACUUAAUAAAAAACAAUUUACUACUAAUCAUAGCUUGGCAAUUAUACAUAUAAUACAAUGACUGAUUAACUGCAGUCAUUGGAAUAUUAAUAACAUUGUAGGUGAACAAUUACCAUCAAUAUAGGUGAGAACUAAACCAAGCCUACAGUACAAAACUAUAGGUUCCCUAUCUCAUAUAGCUUUUAUAAAAAUGUUUAUAUUGUACAGAGCUUUAAAUAUAGACAUAAUAGUCAGACAGUGGCUUUAUGUGAAGGUUUUUCUAGAUGCACCUCCCCACAUUAUAUAUCUUAAUGCCUUCAUCACAGCUCUAAGGAUGGAAAAUCUCCUCCCUUAAUUUACUGACCAAGCACAUUCAUCUCUAAUAGUUGUCACUGGUGGAAAGACAAGCCAGAGCUGGGUAAGUGGAUAUAGGCAAGAGACAGCGUUGAGCCAAGAGAUUAUUUUAGCAAAAGACCAGAGGCAAACAGCAAUUUCUUCUUUGGUUUGUCGUUGAGAUAUAUCAGUUCAUUUAUCUGAGAACUUUCCACCUAAGAGAACUGAUGUUAUAAAUAUAUUCACUGAAAACGAAAUCAACAAAGCUUAUGGAACUGAUACUUGAGGAUAAUCGCUAUACUGACUCCUUUAUCCGUAUUCUUCUCUGUCAACUGGAAUUUAAGGAAAAGGAUCAAUUCACUGUACUAAAUGGACUACUACAAAAAGAAGAAAAAAAUUUAGAAGAAAACUAUAAAAAAAAUUCAAUUUAAGGUAUAAUUUCUAAAAUUAGCCAUAAAAAGGUAUUCCUUUCUUAAUUAAAGACAGAAAGUAUUGAUUUUUUGAUAAUAAUAUCACAACUGAUAUCUAGUCAUAAUACAUUUUAAAGGGCUCUAGAACUGAAUUCAGAGGCUAAUUCUAUUUUGUUUAUUGCUAAAUGAUAUUGUAUAUUAUAGUACUUUACAAAUGUUAAUAAUAAUUGUAAGACAUAUAUAAGUUACCUGAAAAUAUAUAACUUUAAUGAGCAGUUAUAGUUAUAUAUAUUUAUUUGGUGAAUUGAUAUAAUAGUGCCAUGGAAAAUAAUUCUUAUCUGCUAGACUAUGCUUUGAAAUUGCCUAGUGCAUUGAACUACACAGAUCCCAGGAAUGAAGAUUUAGCUAAAGCCGAAGUGGCAUUGCUGGGUGCCAUCUUAGUAAUUACUACUGGGAGUAACCUCAUCGUUUUGUUUGCAAUAUAUCAAAGGAGAAAAAAGAUGACUCGAAUGCAUUUGUUUAUUGUGCAUCUCACUUUUACUGACUUGGCAGUGGCCCUCUUUCAGAUCUUACCUCAAAUGAUUUGGGAUAUUACCUUCAGGUUUAUAGGAUCUGACAUCUUGUGCCGAGCUGUUAAAUAUACCCAAGUGAUGAGUAUGUUUGCUUCAACUUACAUGCUGAUGAUGAUGACUAUCGACCGCUAUAUAGCAGUCUGCCACCCACUAAAGACACUGCAACAGCCAAGCAAGCAGGCAUAUUUAAUGAUAGGGGGCACCUGGAUACUCAGCUGCAUUCUUAGUCUCCCUCAGAUAUUCAUCUUCUCAAUGAAGGAAAUAAGUCAAGGAGCAGGGGUUAUUGAUUGCUGGGCUGAUUUUAGAUACCCAUGGGGUGCCAAAGCCUACAUUACUUGGAUUACUGUAUCCAUAUUUUUUGUUCCAGUAGGAAUCCUGUUGCUUUGCUACAGCUUAAUAUGUUGUGAGAUCUGCAAGAAUCUCAAGGGAAAAAUGCAGACUUCUGGGGUAGGGCAGAGGGAAAGCAAUGGGCAAGUCGUACCCUCCAGGGUAAGCAGCAUCAGAACCAUCUCUAGAGCCAAAAUCAGGACUGUGAAGAUGACCUUUGUUAUUGUCCUUUCAUAUAUCUUAUGCUGGACUCCAUUUUUUAGUGUUCAGAUGUGGUCAGUAUGGGAUGAAAAUUCACCAGAUGAAGAUUCUACUGAUUUUGCAUUCACCAUCACCAUGCUCCUCGCCAGCCUGAGCAGCUGCAGUAAUCCCUGGAUCUAUAUGUGUUAUAACAGCCCACAGCUGUGCCGCGGAACAUCUCGACCUCAUGGCCACAGGCAUAAUUCUACAGGCAGUGUCUCGAGCCGCAGAGACACCCUUCUCACACAGUUACGCAAUCGUUCCUUGCUCAGGGGAGGGGGUUCAAAUGGCACGUGCAACAGCAUCAGGGAUCUGUACCCUGCCUUGGAUGAUACUGUGAUAGAAUCAGGGAUUUUGUGAUAAUAUAUUAAUACAAACCCAAUUUACAGACAAUGAAAUCAUAAACUCAUAAAGGGAAGAAGUAUUGUGUUUCAAAGCAUUAUAAGGGUGAAGACACACAGAGCUACUAGUAGCAGCUACUUGUCACUGCUACAGAAACAGACAAUGCUGAUCAUUUACUGGUAACUGUCUAUACGUGUGUUUUAGCACAGGAAAUUCGCAGUAUUUUCUGUGGUAAGGUAUUUUCUGGAGUUUAGUAGCAAUGAAAAAGUAGCUGCUACUAGUAGCUCAGUGUGUCUUCACCCUAA